CCAGACAGAGGGUUGGACAGUCUUAGAGCGAGUGGCGCUGCUGACAGGGAAGGAAGCCGGAAACUAUUGUUCGUCUCGUUACUUCUACGAUUCGUGAAAAUAACUCUACGUGGAUAUUGCAGAUAAUGCCUCUCAAGAAGGUGAACUCUACCAGAGGUAGGAAGGCGAAACGUCCCAAGAGCCCUGAAGAGAAGCUGAGACUUGUAUUUGAUGAUGAUGAUGACUACGAACAGGAGAGAUCAGAGGAGGAAGAAUUUAGCGGGGACGAGAAUGAUAGGAAAACUUUAAUGAAGGAGGUGCGAGAGGAUACGGAAGAUGAGGAAGAGGAAGAAGACUGUGAAGAAAUAAAAGGUAAAGAGCAGGAAGAGGAGGAAGAAAGCGUGGAAGAAGCUGACAAUACUGAAGUGGAUGAGAAUUUUAGGGACUACGAUCUGGAAGAGAGGGAGGAAGAAACAGAGGAAGAAACAGAGGAAGUGAAAGAUAUAGUAAGAAAGUCUUCGAGGAUAGCUGGGAAAAUGAAGACCAAGACAGCAACAGCAGAUAAAGUAAAGAAUAUGGUAGAAAAGGCUGAUAAAAUACCGAAUACCAAUGACGGACAGAACAAGACCAACAAAUUGAAGAGUAAGGAAGAAACUGACAACAAAUUGAAUGGAAAGAUCGAAAAGACAGAUACAAAAAUGAAGAGGAAAGAAACUAAAGAGAAAAUAAACGGAAAGUUAGAAAGCGUAAAAAAUCCCAAAGAUAUGAUGAGCAAGACUUUUAUUGUGAAGGAAAAUGGCAACAGCGCGAGAGACAGUUUGCUGAUGAGAAAAAUAAACGAAAGCAAAGGUAACAGUGUAAAGCUUGGUGCAGUCAGUAUUCCUGACAUGGUGACCGCUGCUGUCUCCUCCGGCACCAACAAGGGAGUCUCCAUAGCCGCCAUAAAAAAAUAUUAUUUAAUUCACUACCCGGAUAAGAAAUGGUCUCGGGUGCGCUUGCGUGUGAAGAGUGCCAUUUUCAGUUUGCUGGAAGCUGGCACCAUUGAACGCAACAAAGAGAGUAUUAACUGUGUUGGUCUCAAAGGCUUCUUUCAGAUGACCGACAGGAAGUCCAAAGAAUCUACAAAGAUCACAAAGAAGGAAGCGAAGAAAAAGCAGAGCGCAGCAGAGACUACCAAAGCAGCAGGUAAACGAACAGCAGAAAAACAGAUGAAAGAAGUGGAUACUGAGAAUAAGAAAAUCCAGCCAAGCGUAGCAAGAGGAGGAAACGGAAACAGCCGUUAUUCCCGGAGGGGAAAAAUAGCAGAGGAAAAGUGAAAAGCUAUUCGUCCCAGCCUAUAUAUAACGAGACGACUUACUCCCUAGCAGGAUUGCCCCAACCUCGUCUCCCCUCUUGUUCCCUCUUCCUACCAGCCCUAUCCUAUACUUUACUCCACCUCUUGUCCUAUUCUUCCCCUUGACUACUUUCCUUAUGUUAAUACUUUAAAUCUCAAGUUGUGUACCUGUUUUGUAUUAGUUCAAAGUAACAGUUUAGUUUUAAUAUUUUUUUUAGCUUAAUGUAGGUUUAAUGCAAAAUGUCUGCUGUUAACUCCUAAAUACAGCGAAAAAUUCUUAGCUUAUCUAAAUUUUUUUAUUUUUUAAAUUUAGUUUCCUCUGAAAGCAAAUAGUGUUCUGAAGAUUUAUUUUAGGUAGUGUAGCUUCAUUUAAUAAAGUCCUGUAUUCUGGUAGUUUUACAAAAUUAAGA